GGACGCAAGGCGGAUGGCGGCCGCUAUCCUAAUCCAGCUGGAGGUUUUGCUGUCUGAAUGUCUGAGGGCAUAUGAAUAUAAAGCCGUAAACCCACCCGCUCGACUUUAUCUUGAUACCAGAACACACCGACAUCUGCGGGUGUAUAACCGGAACAAAAAUUUUCAAGAUGGCUACUGUUGAUGAAGCGACGGAGACACCGGACGUCAAGAAACCUGGCCGCCGGCUGGUGCUCUGCUUUGACGGCACAGGAAACCACUUCAAGGGCAAUGAAUCGGACUCCAAUGUUGUAAAGCUCUAUCAGAUGCUAGAUAGGCACGACAAGCGGCAGUUCCACUACUAUCAACGUGGGUUCAACCCUAACACCAUGUUAAUAUUAUCCCCGUCGCUAACAGGCUAUAGCCGGCAUUGGAACAUUCAACGUGAACAUGUCCGACAGCGUAACCAUAUUCGGGCGCAUGCGCUCCAAGAUCAAUGAAAUCAUCGACAAAGCCAUAGGUACAUCCUUUGAAUACCAUGUUUCCAGCGGAUACCGGUUCUUGAUGCGUUACUACAAGCCCGGAGAUGACAUAUAUAUCUUUGGCUUUUCGCGAGGUGCCUACACGGCCCGUUUCCUAGCCGAGAUGAUAGAACAUGUCGGCUUACUUUCCAUGGGUAACGAGGAUAUGAUUCGAUUCGUGUAUGGAGCAUUCAGCAAGUGGCAAACCAUUCGGGGAAAGGCGAAUAAAAGGCCCAAGGAUGUUGAGCUAGAGGAUUACCUGCAGAAGCUGAAGGUGACAUUCUGCCGUAAGGAGGUCGGCAUCUUCUUCUUGGGACUGUUCGACUGCGUCAACAGCGUCUCAACCCUUGAAAUCCCGUUCUCCCGCAGGGAAUACAGAUAUUGCGCGCCAUCACCAGCGAAACAUGUCCGCCAUGCUUUGUCAAUCCACGAGCGACGUCUCAAGUUCAAGCCAGCCCUCUUCACCUUUGAAUCAGAGGACAGAGAAGCUUCAGUCAAGGAGGUGUGGUUUGCGGGUAACCACUCUGAUGUCGGCGGUGGUUUUGCCUAUGAGAACAAUGCCCGCUUCCUUUUGUCUGAUAUCCCCCUCGCCUGGAUGCUGGAGGAAGCCCUGUCUGUCACAGACGCUCCAGCCGGGCCCUUGACCUUUGACGAUCAGCACCCCGAAGCCUUGAACCGGCUCAAGUCUAUCGAAGCUAUCCUCGACAGUGAGGGUGAACCCAGGGUUGCUGGCGCCUCAGGGGUUGUGCCUGAGGCGGAAGUGAGCCACUUCAGACACCACGACUCUCUCAUCAUCGGUCGCGGCGCGGAGUGGCAUAUGACCAUCAUCUGGUGGUUCAUGGAACUGUUGCCAAUCUUCACACGUCUCGAGCUGGAAAACCACCAGUGGAAGCCUCGGUACUGGCCCCCCAACUGCGGUGCUCACAGAGACAUCCCGACCGAAGCAACACUGCAUCACACCGUCGAGAAGAUGCACAAGGCAGGCAUACUAAAGAAGAUGCCAAAGAUGGGAGGCGACAAGGCGCCGCUACUGAACGACCCCCUGAUUGUGCCGCGGUAUAUCGGCAAGCUGCUGACGUUUUGGAGAUGA